AUGGACACGAAGCUUAUCUCAAUUCUCAUCUUCACCAUCACCAUGGUUCUCGCCACCCCCCACGGUGGAUCCGCCACCGACGACGUCAUCGCCCAAGCCUGCAACCGUGCCAUGUACAAGGACUUCUGCGUUGCUCUUCUCAAAUCUGACCCCGAGUCCGAGAACGCAGACCUUCCCACUCUAGGGACAAUAGCGCUUAAGCUUGCACGAUCAAACGCCACCUAUAUCCAAAACGACAUACAAAAGUUGCUCAACCCGAAUUCUAACCCUUCCCUAAAGCUCAGUCUCCACGACUGCGCCGAGAACUACGAGGAGGCAGGCGACCAUCUGCAGGAAUCAGUCUCGGCCUUUGGUUCUAAACGCUACAACGAUGUGCUGACGUGGGUGUCAGCGGCCAUGGGCAAUGCGGAUUCGUGUGCGGAAGGGUUUAAGGAUCUGAAACGACAAUCUCCGAUAGCCGCGAUGAAUGAGAAUUUUAACAAGUUGUGCAGCAGUGUUUUGGCCAUAGUCAAUGUCAUCGCCGAGCGCUAA